AAGGAACUUGAAAAAUGUGCAACGUAGUUAAUGAAAAGUUAUCUACUGACGUGGUAGGUUGCAAUUGGACGUUAGUGAAUCGGCCACAUCCACGAUCAGUUGCGCCUAAAUGGAUGUUGAAUAUUGAACUUUCGAACGUGAAAACAAAGAUAUUGUGUGAUUAUUAUUGUUUCAGAUUGAAUUGUUAAUUAAUUUAUAAUAAAAUGGUAUUACUAACAAUGAUAGCAAGAAUAACAGAUGGUCUGCCAUUGGCAGCUACCAUGCAGGAAGAUGAACAGAGUGAAAGAAGUACUUUGGAAUAUCAAAAUCAAGCGAAAAUGUUGUUUAGAAAAUUAGGUAUACAGUCACCUACAAGAUGUACUAUAGAAACUGGACCAUAUCUCUUUCAUUAUUUAAUUGAAAACGAGGUAUGUUACUUAGUAUUAUGUGAAAGGAAUUAUAGUAAACGAAUAGCUUACAGUUAUUUAGAAGAUAUAGCACAGGAAUUUCAUGCUCAGUAUGGUAAACGUGUCAAUACCGUUGCUAGGCCUUAUGCUUUUAUUGAAUUUGACACUUACAUUCAAAAAGCUAAAAAAGUAUUCUCAGAUGGUAGAUCACGUAGGAAUAUGAAUGCUCUUAACACUCAAUUGCAAGAUGUUCAAAGGAUCAUGGUUCAAAAUAUUGAUGAUGUAUUACAAAGAGGAACGGUACUUUCAGAAUUGGAUACAAAAACGCAAAAUUUGUCAAUGCUAUCACAGAAGUAUAAGAAAGAUGCAACACAUUUAAAUAGCAAAUCUAUGUAUGUCAAAGCAGUUGCUAUUAUCGUCGUAUUUCUGGUCCUCCUGUUAUAUUUCUUUAUUCUUUAGUUGAUCACAAACUUGAAAAAAUGGUUUGUCCAUAAAUGAAAAUUGUUCCAAUUCUAAAAACUAGGGACAUACUUUAUUAUGAGGGUUAAAAAAAUGGGUUUGCGGCUACCAUCUUUGGAUUUUAUUUUUCAAAUAUAGGAAUUACACGAUCAGGCUACAUUGUUAUUUAUCAAAUUUAUUAGCCUGUAUGUAUCGACACAAUGUUGUGUAUUAUACAUUGAUUUUUAAUUUAAUAUUAAUAAAAUAAUAGAAAUUUUAAUAGAAAACACAAGAGAUGAUU